AUGUGACCUGUCCUACUUCCCCUGCCAUGGAGGGAGAAGAACAUAGCGGGUUACGUCUGAUCGGGAAACUGCCUGUAGCGCAGUGCCCGCAGUUCUUUCACAAAGUCAUAGAUGGAGUAUGUGGCCGGGCACAGCCUCGUUUCCAGGAUUAUGGUAAUAUAUGGAGCCUUCGGGAAUGGCUGGAAGUUUUGGAAGAUUCUGCAACAUUCUUCAAGAACAGCAUUGGUACUGAUGUAAACGCAGAUGAGGCUUCUAAUGGGUUAAAUGGGCUCAGUGCAGAACACCAAGAGAUAAUCCUUAAAUGUUUGAAAAGUAGGAAACCUGAAAUAGAGGAAGCCGUUGUGGAGAAGGCAUGUGCCAUGUCAUCUGCAUAUUUACAGGAUUUUGACUGGCAGUUAAAGCUUGCCCUUUCUAGUGAUAAGCUCUCGGCGCUGCAGAUGCCACUUGUAAAUCUCGAUUUGGAUAUCGCAAAAAAUGGUUCGGUUACACCCGUCUCUGUAGAGAUGAACAAAGAGGAGCUUCAGAACCUUAUACAUUCUCUAGAGGCAGCUAAUAAGGUCGUCCUUCAGCUGAAAUAAUAGGAAACGCACACUGCCUGAAGUUGAAGAGGUGACCAAAAUGUAAAAAUGUCAUUUUUAUCAUUUUAAAAGGAGCCACUACGUGACGGAGCGUAUUAAUCUCUCUGCAGCCCUGCAUUCGGCGCUAGAACAAAACUGGACCUGCUAUUUUUUUCCUGUUCUUUGAAUGUUACCAUUAACUGCUUUGGUGAUAAAUGUUCUAACAAUAUAAAUUCUGCCCAGUGUUUGAUAUCUGCCAGUAGCUUAUUGUGUUUAAAGGAAGAAGAUACAGUGAAUUCUAUAAAAUAAAGCACACCUGCAAUUUCAAAAUUUUCAUUCCAGAAACAUUUCUUUGUGUUAAAUCUCCUGUUAAGAGCCUUAGGGAUUGCAAACCUGUAUUUUAUUUGCCGUUUUGGAAAUGACUACACCAGUAAAUGACGAUGAAGUCGCCCCGCACCAGAGGUUUUUCUUUAUACUUUCUGAAAUGAGCCGUUUGCUUAUAUACAGCCGUACAGAACUAAGAGAAAGCUUUCCAGGACUCUUCACAAAAUAAUUGAUAUAUGCGUUGGAUUUUCAGUACUACAUGCUGGUUGGUAUUUUCUGUAUCUAUGCUGGUGGAAUGAUAAUGCGAUGUUCUGUUUACUUAGAGCUGAAAGCUUAAAUUUUCCCAUACUGUGUACUUUAAUGAAAAGAAAUACAAUAAAUAUUGUAAUUUCUGGA